GUCUGUCAUUACAGUUCAACAAUGGAGGAUGAGGACUUUCUUCAACCAUCUCAGUUCUCCCGGACACAACAAUGCAGCAACUCAACCAAUCACUCUCAAAUGGUCACAAGCACCAUGAAUCCGACACCCAGCGGAUCGCAAGUCAGGCCGAGCCAGCCGAAUCACGCCCGUAGUCAGCCAUCAUUUCAAAAUGAGCUGUCGCAGCUCCAAGACGGACUGAGGUUCCUUACGGAGAGAAUACAACAGCUUUCUGGAGACAGGAGCAUCAAGCGAGCAGCAGAACCUAAGCCGAACAUCAAAGAAGAAUGCCAGAUCUGCCACAAACUUUACGCGAACAAAACGACACUCUUCAGACACUACCAAGGUAUUCACAAGGAGAUGAAUCCGGAGAGGUUCCACGGCUUCUCCGUUAACAGCACUGUAGUUAGUCUUGAUGCUUCUUUCAGAGAGAUACAAUGUCCUAUCUGUGCGUAUGUGGCUCCCACGCAAAGUGCUCUUGAUGCCCAUAAUAGAACUACUCAUAGCAAUGUAGUUAAUGCAAAUGUAGCUCCAACUCAAACCACUGUUGAUGCUCAAAAUAGAGUGAUUAAUAGUAAUGUAGUUGCAAAUAAUACAGCUACAGCUAACAGUAAUGUUACUAACGUUAAUAAUGGUAAUAUUAAAGAUAAAAUGCACAAAUGUGAUGAAUGUGCAUGUUAUUUUGAAGAGAAAAACAAAUUCGAUGAGCACAUGAAAGUGUACCAUGGUUUCGAAGUUGUAUGUAAGAUUUGUAACAAGAAUUUCCUCUUUAAAGACAUUGAUGGACAUGUUAAAGAGAAACAUCCUGAUGUAUAUAGCAAGAAGCGUAAAGAUAACGAUGAAAAAAUCAUUGUUGAGAAAGUGAUGAAAGGUAAGAAAGGGAGGGUUCAUGUUUUUAUUUGUACUAAAUGUGAUACUAAAAUGUAUGACAAGAUGGAAGCGGAAAGGCAUGCUAGAGGCCACAAAAAGGGACUUAAAUUAAAAGUAGCUCCAAGAAACAAAGUUUCAAAUGCUGAAGAAAGUGUUCCAGUAGUGAGCUUCGAUGAUGAUAAUGUUAUACUUACAUGCACCAAUUGUGAUAUUUCCACAGGUUCCUAUGACGCUGCUGUUGAGCAUUCACAAAACCACAUAACAAAUAACAUACAAUUCGUGACACAAAUUUGUGACAUAUGCGAUUUGAAGUUUGAACCGCUAUGCUACAAAAAACACAUUGACUUGCAUUACAGAAACAAAGAAAUACACAGGGAAUCAUUCAAAUACUUUAAAUACAGAUAUGAAUACCUGUCCUUUGAAAAUUGGUUCAAUUGUUUUGAUAUGGCCGAGCCUGUAGUGAAAAAAAUGAUAUCUGAAAGCAUUUAUGCACACACACGAUCUGUUAAAAUGUGGGUAUUGCAUGAGGGUUCAUACAGCCUUUUUAAAUGUUGUAAAUGUGAUAAUUUUGUCGAGCCGGCUGCGGUGGACAACCAUACUGUGAACUACGACACUUGUGUCAAAGUUAAGUGUAGCUAUCCCUGCAGGAUUUGUAAAAGGACCUUCAACAAUCGAUUGGCUCUAAACAACCAUACAAAUAAUCACAAAAGCGAAGAGGCAUAUAAGAUUGUGUUAUUUAAUCAUGAGAAUGAUAAAAAAUUCAAUGAAGUACUGAAUGCUAAUAAAUUGCAAAAUACAGCCAGCACCAGUAAUAGUAAUCUUACCAAAGUACUGUAUAAAUGCCUAUGCGGACUUUGUUUCGUAAAAAAAGAAACUGGUGUCAAACACAAGAGUAUAUGCCCGGGAAAAGAUGCCAAGAAUCCUUGUCUAAAAUGCAACUAUUUCUUCACUCAAGAAGAGUUAGUGGCGCAUGCAUUUGAACACCAUAAGAAUGGAAUAGAAAUUAUUAUUGAAAAUAUUACUCCUGAAGUUAUUAUGGUUGAUUCGGACGAGGAAAUCAUUGAAAUUGAUUCAAGUGAUGAAGACGACGCUCAUAAUGAAGGUUUGAACAAUAUUCAGAUUAGAGCUAUAAAAACUGAACAUGCAAUCCAAAGUUCCAGUGACGAGGCUGGCAAACAGAACACGAAUACGAUAGAAAUGGCAGCAGUUGACGCAGGCGUCAGAAAUGAAGAACAUAUGGCUUCAGAAGCCGCUACAUUACAAGAUAUAGAAAAAACGGAGCAAGAUGAUACAAAUGAAGAUGAAAAUAGAUCUAAUCACGAAAUGGGAGAAAUUAAUAAUGAAAUGACCGACGACGAUUCCCAAGACACAAUUUCUUAUGAAAAAAAUACAGAAACCUCAGACACAGACCAAGCUACUGAUAUAAACAAACAGGGUCAUUUAAAAUUAGUUGCGCCAAAUUUAUUAAUAAACCCAUUCCAUAACCCCUUUGAAAACGGGUUUUUAAAAGUAUGGGAUAUAGGAGCGUUGAACAGAGAAAUAAACACUGAUAUCGAAAAUAUAAGAGAACAAAUUGAAACGACGACUGACAAACCAUAUAAUGAAUCUAAUGGAAUUGCUAUUAAAAAAGAAAAAUCUUGGUUGUAUGAUCCUACUGACUUUUCUCAUAUUUCUAAACGACAGUCUUUAAGGCAAGAAACGCGUCCCAGUUCUAGUAAUCUACUACUUCAAGAAGUGGGGUCACUGGUAACAGAUGACGAGGAAACAGACAAUGAAGGAACAGAACAUAAUAAUAUGCGCGAAGAUUAUACAGAUAACAAUGCAUCUAGCAAUGCGCCAACAGUUACAGAACAGACUGUUAAUGGUACAAAUGAUGAAGAGAUAUUAAAUGAAAUAUCACAUAUUAACAAUCGCAAUGUUAAUACACAUGAAACUUUAAACAACAUUGAAGAAAUACGCGACAGAAUUGAAGAUAAAGAAAAUGACGCCCAAACAGAAUUGAACAGUAAUGAUAGUCACGGGGUUAAAAUAAAUAACUCGACUCGAAUUCUAAAUGAAGAAAUAGAAAAUAAUGAAGAUCAUUACAGUGACGACGAUCUUUUUCUUCCGUCUCUACCACCAGUCAUCGAAAAUCGUGGACACAUGGAGCUUAAUCAUAAUCAAGAACAAAUUCCUAAAAAUACGAGUGAAAAAGUAUUUAACGAAGUAAACUUAUGUAAUGAGACGAUAGCUAAUGACAGUAAUGACACAAGUGACACAACUAAUGUAGAAACAGAAAACCCAACAGAGAAUGCAGAAGAAACAGAACACAGUACUCGAUCUGAGAAUGAAAACAAUGAUUCCCUUAAUGUAGACAGUGUUGUAAAUCAAACAGAAAUUGAUAAUGAUAAAGUAGGUGAAAAUGAAAAUAGUGAUUCUAGAUCUAGACCAUCUGUUCUCGAAGACACACCAACUAACAUGAAUGUUACCGAAAAAGAUAUGGAUUCUAGGCCAUCCGCUCCAAAAGAUACAUCAACAACUACUAAUGUUAAUCAUAUUAGUGGUCAUAUUCAAGUAGUAUCAAGCGAAUCUCAAGAAACCCAAACGAUAGCUACAGAUAAUAUAAUUAACAUAAAAAGAGAGUUCCAAUACAUGAAUAUAAAUAUAAAAAGAGAAUUAAUUGUGGAAAAUGAAAACAGUGAAAAUAGUUGUGAUAAAGAUAAUCUAGUACAAAUAAAAAGAGAACCAAAUUAUGAUUUAGAGAACGUUUAUAACGAUAAUAAAGAAAAUGACUUGAAUUUUACAGAUACCGUGAACAAUGAUAACUACAAUAAUUGUAGUAUUGUCUAAAAUUACAAUAAGACAUAUUUCUUUUUCAUCGUUCUGUUUUUUUUUUUUUAAUUAUAAUGAAUGUUUAUGUUAAGUGGCUUAUAUGCGUGAGUCGGGAGCAAAAAUACUAUACUUUCUUUUUUAGCGUUAGAGAAAGGGUCAAAAUUUGACUUGUCUUUUUAUUGAAAGACGCUUUUAAAAAAAUAGUAACUAUAUUACUUACGAAACCAAAUGUAAUUGAUCAUAAUAAUAUGUACAUGCUAAACAAGGGUCUCUUUUGUUUCCCAAAAAGUUUUAGGUCCUAAUUGUUUGCCCGCAUUUUCGUUAGUCAUAAUU